AUGAAAAUCAUCAGAAAUGGACAUGCUGUGACAACCGUACCACUUGGUGAUGAAGUAGAGCUACGAUGGACAAUAAUUGACAUAUCUGACGGCCUCGGUUAUUUUGUGGAUGAAUGUAAUGCGGAAAGGGUUGGUGGAGUGCCUCCAAAUCCGGAUCCAUUAAAACUUAUAGAGAACGGGUAAUG